AUGUCGUCGUUGGAGGAGGAGGUGUCCAAAGAGCAGACCUUCAAAGAGGUUCAGUUCUCCCUCUGCGAAGACGUCUCACAAUAUGAAAAUGUAAAGAAGUUGUUGCUGUCGGGCGGCGCCAAGUUCUUCAACUACUUGUCGGACAAUGUGACUCAUCUGAUCGGUGAUAAUCCGGAUCACCCGUCGGUGUCCGAAGCCGUAGAGAUCUAUGAGAAGCCUGUGGUCACCAGUCGAUGGGUUUGGAUGUCGGCGAAGGCGUCCCUACUAUUGCCAACGGCCGGCUUUUCCCCAUUUAAGAGCCAAUUGUUCUCGAAUAUCAUCGCCUGUCCGUCCAAUAUAUCGGGCACUGAUGUGCAGUCGUUGUGGGCAAUGAUCACAUACUAUGGCGGC